AUGUCUAAAGCACAUUCACGAGCAGACGCAGACAUCAACAUCGUCGUCGUCGGCGCCCUCCGUCAGCUUCUGAGAACGCCGAGAGCAAGCGGUCCCCGAGCGUCACUCCCAUCCAUCCUCUUGCUGUUGGCUUACUUCCUGAUCGUUUACCGCUCCGAAUUAUCUGAUCUUGAGGAAAAAUGUCCUAAUUCCAGAAAGAUGAUGAGCAUGAAAACGUCUCUUCUAAAUUUGAGCAGCAGAAGGCUGCUGGUAACGGAUGCGCGAGCUUUGCACACUAGUUGUACAAGCGCGAAAGAUGACCCUCAGAAGAAGCGUGAGGAAUCGAGAAAACUUGCUGAAGCAGACGAAGAUGCUGCAAUCAGCCAUCAAAAUGUGAAACAGCCUGGUGCUACGGAUGUUGCUAAAGAAAAAUAUCCCAGUGGAAAUGUAAGCGAGUCGUAUGAAAAAACUCGCGAAGCAAUGGCAAGAAAUACAGGAUAUGGUAAAGGCAAGCCGUUGAAGAAGUCAGACCACAAAGAAUACAAAUCAAAUGAGGACUCAGAGGUCAAGCAUGAGUGA